AUGAGAAUCGCCCAGUGGCGCGACUCGUGCGGAGAUCGACCACAUACUCACCAACCAGAGCCACACGAUGGAAAAGAACAUCUGUUAUCGGCAACGAAGGAGAAAAUCGAAUACCACAAUUGUAUACUCGAGGACUUCUUGUCCCAAUUUGAUGAGGACAUCGAGGAAGACCCAAACGUGGACUACGAGAUGCUGCUCAGAGGAUUACGAGCAGAAGAAGUUUCUGGAAGCAGCACAAAAAGGAACGGAUCUAUAGAAGUGUCAAAGGGAUCUCCGAAGAAAGAAAGGAACCCAGACCAGUGGAAGACCUCGCGAACCGUUCUUAUCCAUAGGAAAGGUGACCGAGAGGACCUUCGGAACUACCGUCCGAUAUGCUUGCUGAGCGUAUUGUACAAAGUAAUCACCAAGAUCAUCCUCACGGGCAUAUCUAGGACGCUGGAUGAAGCCCAGCCUCAAGAACAAGUUGGAUUCUAUCAGGGGUUCAGCUGCUUGGACAACAUCCAGACUGUGUCGAGGGUCAUAAAGGUUUGCCCUGAAUACCGCCUACCCUUUGUUCGAACUUUCGUCGGCUAUGAAAAAGCUUUCGACAGCGCAGAAACGAAUGCAAUACUGUCAGCGCUUGCCGAUCAAAGUGUAGACGCGUCGUAUGUGAGGAAAUUAACCAAUUGCUACGAUCGAUGCACCACUAAGAUACUCCUUUUCAACCGCCUCCUCACCAUACCCAUUGGAAAGGGGCUUCUAAAUCGUGGAAGCUUCGCCGUACGUAUAUCUCGGACGUUUUAUGAACAUGGAAAGGACUUAAAGGAAGAACUGAAUAGAAGAAUGAGAGAAGCAUGGACAGCAUUCACACCCGUCAGGGAAGCUACGGACCGACUGACGCACAAAGAUCUUCGUGCCCAUCUGUUCGACUCGACAGUUCUUCCAGCGCUCUGA